GAAAACUCGGCAGCGGCUGCCUGGGAGAAGGGAUAAGGAUCGCGAAUCGUGACGGGUCUUUUUUGCUGCCGGGAGCUGGAAAAUCCCAGGGCUCGAAGCCAAAAAGCCCGGCGGGAGCCGGGAUGAUGCGGUGAGGGGCUGCCCCCCAAAACUGCGCUGGGAUGAGGGGCUGCCCCCCAAAAAUCGGGGUGGAACGUGCCGCUGCCCGGGUUUGGCGGGAUCCCAGCGCUGCCUCUGGGAUCGCUGGGUUUUAAUGCUGGAUAUUUGUGGCGGUCCCGCUGUUCCCACAGCUCCGAGGGGGCCCCGGGGGAGGCGAUAGCGCCGAGUUUCGCUCCAUCUGCCGGACAAUCCCCUCCUUGUCCCGCGCUGCCUCCAAGAGCUGCUCCCCGAAGUUUUCCCGAACAGUUGCUCCCUUUUAGCUCCGUUUAUCUGCAGGAGCCAUCGGCUGAAACCCCGUUCCCCUACAGGGAGGGAAACCCAGGAAUCCCAGUGGGCAGCCUUGGAUUACAGGCUCUAUUAAAGCAGGAAUGGGAAUAAAAGGCUUCUGUGAUCCCGAGGGAUUUUGGGGGAAGGGUUCCAAAACCAAGUCACCUUUCCUGCUGCGUUUGCAUCGAUGCACCAGCCAGGUGGGGGGUGGAGGUGCUGGAGGUCCCCAAAAAACAGAUCUGGGGUUAUUUUUUGGUUUCCCGUGGUUCUUGAGGGACAAAUCAUGUCGGUCUUAGCAGUUUCAGGGCUUCUCUCUGCUGUGCCAGGGCAUCCCGUGCUGGGCAUCCCAUGAUCCUGCAUUCCAACUCCCCACCUGGGGUGGUCCCUGAGGUCCCCCAAAACCGGGUGAUGAGUCCUGGGGUGGCCGUGACUCGGCAAAGCUCCAGUGCCAACCAGGAGCUGGCACUCUUUGAUCCCUGUGCCUCCUGCAUCCCUGUUAGCCACCUCAGGGAUGUCCUUAACCCCUGGAUUAAACCCGGCCUCAGAUCUGCUUUACCUGGGGCCAGCCCUCUUCCUGGGGGGGGGGGUUAAUCCGUUUGUGGGGAUCUGGAAUUCCCUGGGGAGCCGGGAUGCUCCAGCAGCCUGGGAGGUGCCAGCCUGUGGCAUCAUUCCCGAGGUGCUUGAAUCCCACAACCCCAAAGGAUUAAAAUGCUUCACGUUAGGCUUGAACCCGAGUUUUACAAGUGCUGGCUCACAGUUUUCCUCCCUCUGUGCUCGAGGGGCACAUCCCAGAUCCCGGGGGGAGGGGAUUCCAGAGGUGGGCUGGUUGGCUCCAUGCUGGCACCUGAUGGGAUGCUCCUUUACUGGGAGGAACUGGCGCACAGAGGAUUCUCAUUGUGGGUUGUCCCAACCCACAUCCCAUAAAUACCUGGCUCAGCCCCCACCCCCAACAUCCCCUCUCAUGUUUAAUGAGCUGCAUCUCAGGCCACUAAUUAGUACAAACUCGUCAGGCAGAGGCUGUUCCGAGGCUCCCACGGGACCGUGACGACCGGGGGAGUUUCCAUGCGGGCGGCAGGAUUUCCAUGCUGAGCCUGGAUCCGGCUUUGGGUUGUUGUUUGUUUUUUUCCUUCCUUCCUUCCUUCCUUCCCCCUGUCCUCCGUGCUCUCAGCUGAGGUUUUAAUUUUAUAUUUUCCUGUGGGAAACACCUUUCGUUUCGCUCCAGUUUGUGUCUAAAUAUGUGUUUAUUUCCUUUUUAGUGACUUCAUUUCCUUGUGGCAGGUGCACAAGGAUUUCCUCUGGAGCAGGGAGAACCUUCCUUUAACUUUAUUUAGCGUCACCUGCUCCUUGCAUGGGUGGUGUGACUCCAUUGCAGGGGUUGGUGCCUCUCCAGUCUGGGAUGGAGUUGGGAUGUGAUGAUGCCAUGCACCCCAUAAAUCCUCUAAUAAAGCUUUUUGGGGGAUGGUGCAGGGAUAUUUAGGCAGAUACCUUGGAGCAUCCCAGUGGGGGGAAAUAGGGCCCCCAAGUUGCUUCUCCACCGGGAUUUUCCCUGGAUGAUGACCCCGGUGCUCCCCCUUGGGCAGGCGUCCCCUGGUGAUGAAGAGGAACGGGAUGCGCUGGUGGCUCGUCACCGUCCUGGGGGUGCUGAGCAGACUCGUGGGGGCCGAGAGCUGGAAUUCCCGGGAGCACAGGACACCGGGAUGCCCUCCCGGGGAGGAGCCCGGCGGGGAUCCAGGGGGGACGUGCCGAGCUUGUCCCCCCGGCACCUUCUCCCUGGGGGACGCUCCCUGUGCCGCUCACACGCAGUGCCGGGCCGGGAACAGGAUCCUGGUGGCCCCGGGGACAGCGGGAAGUGACAGCCGGUUUCACAGCCCCGAAGGGGAGAGGGACCCCCGGGGCCGGUGCCUGCCCUGCGCCGCUGCCCCCCGCAGCACCCCGGGGUGCCCAGGCCGGCGGCGGGUCCGCAGCCCCGAAACGCCGGGACGAGCACUGGGAACCAACGGGACACGGGUGACCCCGAGGGGGGAGGAAGAGGAGGAGGCGGCGGCGGCGGCGCAGGCGGCCGUGCUGACCAUCGUCCCGGUCUUCUGUGCCAUGGGGUUGCUGGGAAUCCUGGUGUGCAACCUGCUGAAGAAGAAGGGGUACCACUGCACCGCCAGCAAGGAGCCGCAGCCCGGCGGCACCGGUCCCAGCUCCAUCUACCCGCUGGAGGAUGCCAACGAGGACACCAUCGGGGUGCUGGUGCGGCUCAUCACUGAGAAGAAAGAAAACGCGGCGGCGCUGGAGGAGCUGCUGAAGGAGCAUCGCAGGCAGCAGCUGAUGCCGCCGAGCUGGGCCCCCCUGCACAAGCUGCACCUCCUGCCGCAGUUCCCCCCCUCCUGUCACCACCAGCAGCACCCGCACACGGUGCAGGGCCCGGCCCCCUGCGCCCGCUGCACCCAGAAGUGGCCGGCGGUGCUGCCACCCCCCGGUGCCGCCAGGGUCCCCAAGCCCAGCGAGGUGACCAUCCUCUCCAUCGGCAGGUUCCGCGUGUCCCGCAUCCCGGAGCUCCGGAGCGAGGCGGGGGCUGAGCCCCUCCGGGGACCCCUCCCCGGCAGCGGGAUGAGACCCCCGUGGCUGAAAGGCACCGAUGGCCCCCCGGAGGUGGCACCUGGCCCGGGGGUGGCCUCGGGGGGACAGUGACACCCACACGGACCCCCCUGGAGGACACGGGGCGUUGUGUGAAGCCAGUCCCGCUCAGAGCCACGAGGAGCUGGAAGUGCAGCUCAGCCUCUGCUCCUGCCACCGAGGUGUCUGCUGGCAGCACAGCAAAUCCAAGGCCCUGCCCAGGUGGUGGGAAGGAUUCCCUGUGCCGUGGUCCGGCCUGGUGGCCCGAUGGACACGAUCUCUGGGAACCACACCAUGGCACAGCUCCGUUGGGAGCCACUGGAAUGUCAUCCACGGUCACCUCCCGGGGUCUGCUGAACUGAAGCCCCUCCAGGACCACCACGAGCUCCUGAUUUCCCCUCCCAUCACCAGCUGCCAGGAUAACGACAGGAGAACUCCCACCUCACCAACAACCCCCACUGGGGAUGGAUUGCUCCGGGCAAAGCCUGUCUCCUGCAUCCAUCCACCCUGUAUCCAAUAUCUCCAUGAGCCCAGGAGAACACGGUGGGGACACUCCCCGUGAAGGCCACACACUUCACUUCCCACAGGAGAUGUUUCUAUAGGAUCACGUCGGGAUCAUCGGGACAACCCACCCAAGGCUGGGUUGGGAACCAUCCAGCCCCACCAUCGACCCAGCAAUGGGUUCAUGGCCCGUCCCAUUCACCCCUCCCCCCUCCACAUCCCUGUGCCAAAAAAAAACCAUCACACCCCGACCACCAAACCCCGUCGGGCUUCUUUUAUUUAUUUAUUUAAUUUUUUAUUAUUAUUAUUAUUAUUGACUUUUUUUUUUUUUUUUUUUGGAAACACUUCCGUAAGUUCUCGAACGUUCUACGUCUGACAGGAAAAGAUCGGACAGUUACAAACUCUCGGCUGGGAUCUGUCAGGGAGAUCACGAAACCUGAUCUUCAGAACCGAAACCAGAACAGAAAACAAACGGGGAAAACAACCCCAAAUUCCAGAUGGACAAACUGAGGCUUGGGAGGGUGGUGUAGGGGUGGGGGGGCCUCUCCAGGGCAGCAGGUCCAGGCCAUGGUUCCCUCCACACCUUGGAGACUUGGAAGACGUGGUUACUCUUGGGUUUGAAUUAUUUUCUCUUCUGGUAUUUUUUUGGGGGGGAUUUUUUUUUUUUUUUAUUUAUUUAUUUUUGUUUAAAAGGGCCCAAGGAUAUUUCCAACCGAGCUGGUCUGGAGGUCAUUCAAUCAAUGAAUUAAAAUUAAUUACAAAAUUAA